AAUACAUGUUAAAAGACAUCUGUAUGAUGCGUGGCCUUCAUUAUGUCAGACUGGAGUAGUUACAUACCAUUUUAAAUAUCUGUAGUUCAUCUUGAAUGAACUGGAAUGAUCCAGUGACGUCGACACUCCUGGGAAACAGCUGCACCAAGUGGAGUGUUGUGGUAACAGCAGGAAAGUUCCUGAAGACUCUGGAGCUCCUCCAGUGCAAGUAUAAAAGCUGAGACAGUCCCACCACUGAAACAGAAAGCCACAAACAGCGCUUCAUCUCAGAACUAGAGGACGCACCAUCCACAGUCUGUGAAGAUGCUUUUCUCUCGUGGACUCCAGAUUGCUCUCAGUCCCUUCAUGGAUGGGUACUGGCCUGUUUGCAUGCUGUGGCCACAGGUCAGACCUCUGCUCUACCAGCAGGAUCUCCUACAAAGACACCUGAAGGAGCUACGCAGCAGUGUGGAGCUGAUGGAUAAACUUCAACACAAGAUCCUGGAGGAGACGGAGCCUUUUAGGACAACCCUGAAGCCAGCGUCCUUCCAGCAGCAGAAACAUGGAGAGCACUUUGGCCUGACGCUGGACACUCAAGGCUUUUCCCCCGACGAGCUGUCCGUCAGGCAGGUGGGCAGGAAGCUGAGAGUCAGCGGGAAGACAGAGAAGAAACAGGAGGAUGAGGACGGGUUUCGCUCUUGCAGAAUCCAGGAGUUCAAACAGGAGUUUAACCUGCCUGAAGGUGUGAACCCUGAAGACGUCACCUGCUACCUGGAUCCAGAUGGGAAGCUCCACAUCAAAGCAGCAAGAGCUCCGUGUGUGGAGGAGGCUGAGAAAGAGCUGACCAUCAAGACGAGCCUGGAGGAGAAAACACAGCAGAGUGUGUGUUCACAGGCAGAAAGCAGCAGCACAAAGACACACAACAGCCCACAGGAGAAACAUGAAAACCUGGACUGAUACAUGUUCUGGUGCCAAUGUUGAUCAUCUCUUAUAUUAAAGUGUUCAGCGAUGAUCACAUGUAGAUUCUGUACAUGUGUAAGUGUGUUCAAUCAGCAUUUUCAAUAAAUAUAUUAAAAUUU